GGUCAUUGAGAUCAGCAGUGUCAAGGGGGAGGUGGAACAGGUGAGGAGAGGGGGAGCACCAAGGGACUGGGAUGGUUUGGACAGGGGAGGAGGAGUAAUCGUCACUCAUGUUCUACCGUCUCCCUGAUUGGCCCACCUAGAACUGGGCAAUAUAUCGUGAAUACCGGUAUACAGGUAUGGAUCCAAAUCCCGUCUAUAACGAUUCUUUGAUACAGUGCUAAAUUAAAAGUUCUACAAAUUGAACUACUUCACUGUCAGUUUUUGUUCUAGUUUGGUUGAGUAUAAAACCAUCAGAAUGGAGAAAGCCCAUUAAAACCACUUAGAACUAAUUUGUUGCCAUUCAAGGGUCAUGCACUACUCGUAAAACAUAUUUUGAACUUUUAUUAUUCAGAAACAUAAAAUACCGCCAUACUGUCAAAAAUGUGAGAGAUUGUGAUAUCGCCCAACCCUAGGCCCACCCCACCCAGUCCAUUCUGUUGAUUGGUUGUGCCUCUCUUUUCUUAUGAUGUCAUCCCUGUAGUUGUGUCCACCUUUCUUUCAGGACACACAGCCCAGUAAGAAUGAUCUGACUGCCACUAUAAAUCUCCAUGUUGAAAAGGCAACAACGGCCUGUGUGCAAGAAGUCAUCUCCCCUGUUUAUUCAGAGGGAUAAAUCAAAGCUGCAGCUUUUCUCUCUGGGCCAGACCUCUAGAACUUAGAAUGUAUCAUUUAAAAAAGAUGAUAACACUACGGUAGGCCAGGGCAUGCCCAGGCUCAGUCAAGAGAGACCUCCACCUCAGCUGCUGUAUUAACUAGUAUAUGCCCAGUAUUUUUUUAACUGAAUUAAUUUACAGGGAAGAAGGAAGCUAAAUGUUUACCCACACGAUUGAGAGGUCGUGGUAAUCUCUUCCUGUAGUGUUAGAGAAUUAUAGGCAUCGGGUUGUUUUCACAAGCCUGUGAGUGUUGACAUUGGUGUUGGUCUAGUCGAUCUAGAGAGCUACCUGUUUCCAUGAAACCUUGUGGCAGUCUGGUAUACAGCCUGUUGGAACAGCCAUGCAGGAGAAGCCCUGAGUGAUUUGGAGCAGAGCAGAACAGAUCAGAGGGCAGUUGCUCUGUCAGCAAGCAAGAAGCCUUCCUUCAAUCAUUAACAUCAGUGACCCAACAGUCCACUCAUCAACAAGGCACCCUGGUCUCUCUCUCUCUCACACACACACACACACACACACACACACACACACACACACACACACACACACACACACACACACAGGGGCUCUAGACUGGCAGAGGUGCAUGACGGUGUAUUAAUACACUACCACAACCAGAGACAAAUAUAGGAGUUACUUGGAGUGUGUCUGUUGCCUUUGACUCCCUGCCACUGCAUUAGCCUUGUAAAUGGGGUGGGGGUUUUGAUGGUGUGUAUCCUGCUCUCAUCAAUCUGUCCAGGUUGGUGUCACUAGUUACUCCUCUCCUCUAGGAACACUGCAGCGCCUGUGUAGGCAUAUGUGUUUGUGUGUGUACUGUACACAGGGCGUGUGUGUACAGUUUUUGAGCACAUGAGGAGUAACAGGGCUUCAUGGAGCUAAAACUUUAGAGGAGGACAGGAGGUUAGUGUAGGAUAGGGGAUGCUGUGUUUGACUGUGUGUCAUAGGGGAUACAGGUCAGGGUAUAUUUCUGAGAGCAGUGAAGAGGUAGGUGGCUGUUUGGUCAAGAAGGUUGUAGUGUACUAAAGGAGUAGUAUGCUUACAUCCGGUAGAAGAUCCAGGGUCUGUUUGUUAGUAAGUCGUCUGUGUGGGCAAUGUUCCCUCUAAUUUUUCCCGGCACUGAGCAAAUUUUAGGUCUGCUGAGCGCAAACUUGAAAAUGUAUCAGUGGCCAAGUAGGCUGCUGUGGCUAUUUGAUCAUAAUGUAGGCAUACCAGAGUUGACUACCAUAAAAAACUAUGGAGAAAAAUGCAUCCCAUAACAUUUAAAAAUGGAAAUAGCUGUUCUGUCAGUAGCAGCAAAUGUGUGGUCAAUGUAAGCCUACAUUCCAAGAGACUUUAGAAAAAAACAUGCAGGGCUUGACUUUAACCUGUUUAUCCACUUGUCCUUCAGACAACGAGGGGACUGAAAAUGUGGUGUUUGAUGCAAGAAACCACUACAAAAUAAAAUGCAUUAUUAUUCCCAUACCAUUAUUAGAGAGAAACAGACAAGUUAUGCUACCCUCUGCCUAUUGGCUACUUAGCUUAUUCAAGACCGUCUCAAAAUGCAACACUGCCCCUUUUAAGACAUACAAAAGCUCUUUACUUGACUAGCUUUUCAAAGAUGGCUAGAAAUGCACACAUUUUGUGCUCUUGUAGGAAGCAACCACUUGUUGACAAGAAAUUAGCUAUAACUGCUCUAAUAACUCACUAAUUAGCAAACAACAUGAACAAAUGUGCACAGGUGGCUACAUGCAGCUCUCGCUUUGAUAUCAGAACAAGCGCAUCUACUCGCGACCGCUAAUGCUUUAAAUACAGUCCAGUUCAAAGUGAAUGGCACAGAUCCAUAUAUGGCAAUGGCUAUUUGCAUAUAGGCCUACUGCAGCUCUGACUGGUUAUGGCGUACCGGUCUGUGUAGAGCCUUAGUCGUGCCUGUCAAUGCAAUAGACCCCUACUCCAAUGCGCUCUGCCUAAAAGAACAUCUCUUGCACAGUUAGUUUUGCAUACUAAUAAGUCUUCCAUAGUUUGUUUUUGUUUCGGUAUGUUACAUUGAAAGUGGCUAAUAUUGCGUUGAUUCGAGCACAAUUCCCACAGUAGAGUGAAACAUUGAUAGUGUUAACUAAAGUGGUAAAUUCUAGAAAGUUGAGUGAAGUUCAGUCUCGUACUUCGCUGCGCCACGCAUGCGCGCAGCUUAGAAUGAACAUUGUGUGUGGGUACAGUAGAAGAUAAAGGGUGCGGCAGAUCCAUACACUGGGUUGCUGUGGGUUGGUUGGUUGGCUGGCCCAUAUAUUUUAUCUCAGUUAAGAGAUAUUGGACAAGGGAGGCUCUUCUAUAAACCUGUCAUGUCAUGAUCAAUUACAGGGGCAAAGAAUAGUCCUGACUCUUUUUCACUGACUCUUCAUCACUGUCCUGUCCUGCCAUAGAGAAGUGGUCAUGAGAAGGAUAUGUAUGUCGUGGUCCUCUGUAGCUCAGCUGGUAGAGCACGGCGCUUGUAAUGCCAAGGUAGUUGGUUCGAUACCCGGGACCACCCAUACACAAAACAAAUGUAUGCACGCAUGACUGUAAGUCGCUUUGGAUAAAAGCGUCUGCUAAAUGGCAUAUUAUUUUAUUAUUAUUUACUAACUGACUGGUGGUAAGCUACUGAGUGUAUACCACCAACAUCGCCCUUAUGACUCCUCACUGCUGCUGUUUGACUCAUGUCCUCUGGAAUUUCACUGCCCGGCGUGCGCAUGUACGUGCGUGCAGCUUACUCGACAGUUGAGACCCUGCCCCAGCCCGUCAGCCAGGAGAGGAGAGGGAGUACAGUGGCAGGACUUUAGCUAGGUGUCUCUUUUAGCCACGCUACGCUACACAGUUCACUUGGGUAUGGGGUUUUACCCUGUCAAAUCAGAAGCCUACUGGUUGGCUAGGUUUACUGAUGCUGCACCUGUGAUGCAUGUGCUGAGAUCUUAUGGGAAAAUUACAAGUUGAUAGCUUUCUGUUAGCUGUUUUUGUUUUAGGGCACUGACGUCCUAUGAGUGAACCACUGUAGUCUGACACUGUUCUGUAGGUUUAGGAGACACACUGACUGUGUUGUGACACAUGGAGCAAUACCAUCACUAGUAUGUCCUCUGUGUUAUCUAGGCUACAUUCAUAUCUGAUGAUCUGUUGGAAUAACUUAGUGUCCAUGGUUAUCUCUGAAUCUCUCUCAUACACUCUCCAUUCUGCCAUCUGUUGCAGUGAGAGUCUGGAUGUGUACAUACCAUUCAACUCAACACCUCACUGUGUCUGGGUCUCAGUAUUCUUACAUUGCUCCCUCCCUCUCCUCUCCUUCAUGAUCACUGAUUGGUGAAUGGAUUGGAUACGGUAGAUUUCCACCAUAUAGCUCUCACCUGUCAUGUUCUGUCCCACUCAGAUCAGUGGUCAAAACAGGCUGAAGGAUGCAUUCUAAAGGAUUCCCACAGACUGCCUGUGUGUUGAUUUGAGUCCCUCUCUUUCCAGUCAUGUCAGAUCAGUGAUGGGAUGACAUGAGGAAAGGAUGUGUUCUGGAAGAGAACAAGGCCUGGUCCAACUGGAUUCAUAUUCACUAGGAGACAUACAGUUGAAGUCGGAAGUUUACAUACACUUAGGUUGGAGUCAUUAAAACUCGUUUUUGAACCACUCCACAAAUGUCUUGUUAACAAACUAUAGUUUUGGCAAGUCGGUUAGGACAUCUACUUUGUGCAUGACACAAGUAAUUUUUCCAACAAUUGUUUACAGACAGAUUAUUUAACUUUUAUAAUUCACUGUAUCACAAUUCCAGUGGGUCAGAAGUUUACAUACACUAAGUUAACUGUGCCUUCUAAACCGUUUGGAAAAUUCCAGAAAAUGAUGUCAUGGCUUUAGAAGCUUCUGAUAGGCUAAUUGACAUCAUUUAAGUCAAUUGGAGAUGUACCUGUGGAUGUAUUUCAAGGACUACCUUUAAACUCAGUGCAUCUUUGCUUGACAUCAUGGGAAAAUCAAAAGAAAUCAGCCAAGACCUCAGAAAUUUUUUUGUAGACCUCCACAAGUCUGGUUCAUCCUUGGGAGCUAUUUCCAAACCACGUUUGGUACCAUGUUCAUCUGUACAAACAAUAGUACGCAAGUAUAAACACCAUGGGACCACCCAGCCGUCAUACCGCUCAGGAAGGAGAGGCGUUCUGUCUCCUAGAGAUGAAUGUACUUUGGUGCCAAAAGUGAAAAUCAAUCCCAGAACAACAGCAAAGGACCUUGUGAAGAUGCUGGAGGAAACGGGUACAAAAGUAUCUAUAUCCAUAGUAAAACUAGUCCUAUAUCGACAUAACCUGAAAGGCCACUCAGCAAGGAAGAAGCCACUGCUCCAAAACCGCCAUAAAAAAGCCAGACAACGCUUCGUAACUGCACAUGGGGACAAAGAUCGUACUUUUUGGAGAAAUGUCCUCUGGUCUGAUGAAACAAAAAUAGAACUGUUUGGCCAUAAUGACCAUCGUUAUGUUCUUGCAAGCCGAAGACCACCAUCCCAACUGUGAAGCACAGGGGUGGCAGCAUCAUGCUGUGGGGGUGCUUUGCUGCAGGAGGGACUGGCGCACUUCACAAAAUAGAUGGCAUCAUGAGGAAGGAAAAUUAUGUGGAUAUAUUGAAGCAACAUCUCAAGACAUCAGUCAGGAAGUUAAAGCUUGGUCACAAAUGGGUAUUCCAAAUGGACAAUGACCCCAAGCAUACUUCCAAAGUUGUAGAAAAAUGGCUUAAGGACAACAAAGUCAAGGUAUUUGAGUGGCCAUCACAAAGCCCUGACCUCAAUCCUAUAGAACAUUUGUGGGCAGAACUGAAAAAGCGUGUGCAAGCAAGGAGGCCUACAAACCUGACUCAGUUACACCAGCUCUGUCAGGAGGAAUGGGCCAAAAUUCACACAACUUAUUGUGGGAAGCUUGUGAAAGGCUACCUGAAACGUUUGACCGAAGUUAAACAAUUUAAAGGCAAUGCUACCAAAUACUAAUUGAGUGUAUGUAAACUUCUGACCCACUGGGAAUUUGAUGAAAUAAAUAAAAGCUGAAAUAAAUAAUUCUCUCUAUUUUAAGAAUGUGAAAUGUCAGAAUAAUAGUAAAGUGGUGUUCCUAACUGACCUAAGACAGGGACCUUUUACUAGGAUUAAAUGUCAGGAAUUGUGAAAAACUGAGUUUAAAUGUAUUUGGCUAAGGUGUAUGUAAACUUCCGACUUCAACUAUAUAUGGAAGCAGACAGGAACUUGUCCAAUAACAAGUGCUCGUUUUUGUUGAAAAGCGUUUUCCGUUGCAAAACAUUUUGCAACGUUUUGCACUAAUGAAUACAGCCCAGGUUGUUUAAUGAGAGCCCCUGAUUUAUGGGCAGGGCAGCCCUGUGUAAUUGCUGUGCCGGACCCAACCACUGAGGGGGGGCAACUAGAGGCACACCUGGGAGUCCUAAAACCCUCUGACUUCCCCUUCUCUGUCCUCUCCUCUGAACUCACUGACCCCAAUGGCUAUCACUGCUGCAGUGCCACAAAGUACACUCAACAUGGUGUGCAGAUAUCUAUCUAUUUUCUAUGGAACACAGCAGAGAAAUUAUGGAUGCUAGUUAGAUUUUUCGCAUACGUUGUUGUCCAUUCAAUGCGUCGAGAAUUUGUUUUUUAUUAGGAUCCCUAUUCGCCACUGCGAAAGCAGCAGCUACUCUUCCUCUUCCAUCACCAGACCCUCGGCUUUUGGGGCUUUAGGCCAGAGUUAUUUUGUCUCAGCCCAGAGUCUUUUACCCUGCUCCACCCCCCUCCCUCCACUCUACAGUUAAUACAAGCCUACUGCUAAUGUGAGUUUACGCAAAGAAUGGCAGCCUAAAAUCCCAAUCCUGCUAUAUUGCACGUAACUAGAACAUUAUUUCAUGCAAAACAUUAUUUUGUGGUCUAGGCUGACACCCUUUGGAUGGUUUUGGAACUGCACAGUGCGCGCAGCAUGACUAGCUCACAUUAGUUAGCUGUAAUGUGACCAACAUCAACAUGAGGCUUUUUUUUUUAUUGCCAAUCAAAUAUUGGACAUGGUUAAUGAAAACAUUGCAACAAAAUAAUGGAAAAUUACAAUAUAGUUAUGCACUUGUAAUGUGUACUUGCUAAUAGAUUUUUUUAAAUAUUAUUAAAUGGGUUUACUGACCACAACCCAUUGAAUUAAUAUUAAGAAGUGUUGAUUAUUUGGCAUCAGAAGAGCACAGUGCAUGGGAGAAAGCAGUGAGAUAUGCAACAUAGUGUUAUGUUUCUGCAAAAUGUUCACUGCUAGCCUGCGAGGCAAAGAGUGCGGGGUGCUUCAUUUCGGUCGCGCAGGGAUCAAAUCCCCCUUCCCCGGAGUCAGCCCAAGGACUUCAGAGCUGAGCCCUGGAUGUUCUGUGACGUCCCUGCUGGGGUCCACACAAAAUAUGAAACAUUAUAUAAUACAGAACAUGAAUAGACAACAACAGCUCAAGGACAGAACUACAUACAUUUUAAAUGUCUCACACAGCCUACAUAUUCAUACAUACAGACAAUAUCUAGGUCAAAUACGUAAUACAGUGCAAAUUACAAUACAGAAUAAUGGUGUAUUAAGGUGUUAUUUUCUCUGUUUUUAUUGCUAUCUUGAGUUAACUGGGAUGGCAGAGUUCCAUGUAGUCAUGGCUUUAAUACUGUGCGUUUCUCAGUCUCUGUUCUGGACCUGGGGACUGUGAAGAGACCUCUGAUUGCAUGUCGAUUAGUGUCCGAACUGUGUGCCAAGUGCUUGAACAGGCAGUUCGGUACCUUCAACAUAUCAACACCUCGCACAAAGACCAAUUUGUGAUGCACUCAAUCUCUCCCUAUGUCCCUCUUUGCUGCACAUGACCACACAGCUGGGAAGUAGGCCAGGUGUGACAAAACUAAGGCCUGUAGGACCAGUCUGGUCGACAGAUGUCAAGAAGGCAAAGCAAUGUCCUAUCAUGGACUGACCUCUUCUCAUUUUAGUAACCAUUGAGUCUAUAUGUUUUAACCAUGACGGCUUGCUAUCUAGGGUUACACCCAGCAGUUUAGUCUCUUCAACUUGCUCAAUCACCACAUUAUUCAAUAAUCGAUCAAAAUGAGGUAGAGCGAGUGAUUUGUAACAAAAACAAUGCUUUAAAUGUUUUGUUUAUAUUUAGCACCAGCCUAUUGCAAGUUACCCAUUCUAAAACUGACUGGAGCUCUAUGUUAAGGGUGUCAGUUAUUUUACUGUUGCAGCCGGCGUGUAUACUGUUGAGUUGUCAGCGUACAUACACACACCUGCUUUAUUCAAGGUCAGUGGAAGGUCAUUAGUAAAAACAGAAAACAAUAAUGGCCCUAGCCGGCUGCCCUGCGGUACACUAGAACAAUAUUAAAAUAUUUGUAAUCAAAUUAAAAGUAUUUGCAAGCAAAACCAGCCAAGAUUACCGUUUGUACAACAUAACUGCAGUCUCACGCAUCACGCAACAGACGUCAUCAGAGCACGCAACAGAUCAGUGUACUGUCUACACUCGGUUGGUUGGUUUUAUGAAAUUGUUUUCAUUAAAUUGUUUUCAAUCAUGUCAACAACAACAUAUUUAACCAUUGGAAGUUCUGAUAGCUACAGAUUCCGCGACGCGGUUAGCUUUUUCAGCUGGGACCGCAAGUUUGUGUCCUGGAUUCCUGCAAAAAAUAAAUAAAUAGUUAGCAGUUAGCCAUCAUGCUUACAGAGCAAGUUAACGCUAGCAGUGCUGGAGUCAAAUGGCACCAGGUGUGAGAGAUCUACGCAAGAGGAGGAAAAUAAGGUGGAACUGAUAUAUUAACAUAAACUCUUGGUCUGUUCCAAAUGUAUCAUCAUCAAGCAGCUUUGGGAAGAGAUUCUCUGGCUGCUAGCUCAGCUGCGGGAAAAACAAGAUGUGCUUUCUAAGUACUUUGUUGCAGCCCAGGCACACAGAAUUUCAGUUCUGAAUGCCUCCUACAGCCAAGGGGUCGAUGAGUCGCGCGGUACUGACAUGCUCCAAUCCACUGGACAGAUGGUAAGUUCAACUCCGCAGCCAGUGGGAGACUGGACACUGGCAAGGUGAAGGAGGUUGGGUGGGAGGCAGUCUGGUCGUCUCCAUAUAUCCUAGAAGAUCAGAUCCAGCUAUUAAACAGCUUUGCCCUGCUGGAGGCUGACAUACCGGCCCCGGGAGUCCGCUCUGAUCCUGGGAGUACACCAACAGCCAGCAACCGCCAGGGGCGCUGACCAAAGGAAACAAGGUCUUGGGCCCUCCACCAUCUCCCAGAGGAUUCCGAUGCCAUCUGCUGCUACUGGUACAUGUGCGGUGAGUCGAAGCACACCUCCUCCCCCCUGCCCGAGGCAGGCCCGUUAUGUUCCCCCUCUUCCUUCCCUAUUGGAUUCCAUCACGACCACCGUCGUCGUGGGCAGCUCGAUGGUGAGUGAUUUUUGGCCUGUGGGCCGACCAAGGUCCACUGUCACCCAGGCGCCCGUGUCCAAGAUAUCAACUUCCUCCUGCCCACAGUUCUAGCCAACUACUCUAAUAUUGGCACCAUUGUCACUCACAUUGGAUUUAACAACAUUAGUUUUCGGCAAUCGGAGGAACUGAAGAAGGCCUACAACAUUCUCUUGAAUGCCCUUGUUUGCACAGGGAAGAGACCACUAAAGCUGCACUAAAGUAACAAAAUAGCUCCCACAAUCUUCUUACUAUCAAUUUCUUUCAGCCAGUCAUCAGUCAUUUGUGUCAGUGCUGAGCAUGUUGAGUGCCCUUCCCUAUAAGCAUGCUGAAAGUCUGUUAAUUUGUUUUCUGUAAAAUAACUUUGUAUUUGAUCAAACACCAUUUUUUCCUAAAGUUUGCUAAGCUCUUGUAACAGGAUGAUUGGUCGGCUGUUCUAACCAUUUAAAAGGUGCUCUGCUAUUCUUGGGAAGUGGAAUGAUCUUUGCCUCCCUCUGUCUUCUAGGAUUAAAUUCAAGAUGUGGCAAACAGGAGUCACAAUGUAUUCUGCUACCAACCUCCGCAAUUUACCAUCCAGGUUGUUGGUACCAGGUGGUUUUCACUUCUUCCACACCCACUUUGCGGAACUCAAAACUACAGUGUUUGUCUUUCAUUAUUUGGUCCGUUAUGCAUUAAUAUGAAGGCUCAGCAUUUGUUGUUUGUAUGUCAUGCCUAAAUUUGCUAAUCUUGUCAACAACAAAGUUAUUAAAGGGGUUGGCAAUAUCAAAGGGUUUUGUUAUGAAAAAGCCAUCUGCCUCAUGACUGAUGGAGACAAGUUUGCCUUUUUGCCUGGAAUUUCACUUAAAGUACUCCAGAGCUUUUUAUUAUCAUUCUUUAUAUCAAUUAUCUUUGUUCCAUAGUAUAGUUUCUUCUUCUUUUUUAGUUCCGUGAUUUCUCAAUUUACUGUAUGUUUGCCAGUCUGCUAUGUUGUCAGACUUAUUUGCUAUUCCCUUUGCCUCAUCCCUCUCAGCCAUACCGUUUCAAUUCAUCUAUCCAUGGGUGAAUUUGGCAGUUCUAACAGUCAGUUUCUUGAUGGGCGCAUGCCUAUCAGUAACCAGAAGAAGCAUCAUACUCAGCUGUCAUUGAGGGGCUAUUCAAAUGCUCUGCUCACGUGCUGCAUGGGCUACAUAAAGGCUUUCAAAGAAACAGCGCCUCUACGCUGUAUAAAAAACAUGAGGCUUCCGAUUGUGAGGUAGGCAUCAAUGAGGAGCACUCAGUGUCAAACCCCUCUCCCCUCUCUCUCGUGUUGUGUGGGAGCGGAUUGGAACAUUGAGUACCUUCAGCACAUUUGUGACAUUCCUCUAAGGGGGUCUUAACCUCAGCCGCCCUACACACAAACAUCUCACCUCUGGGCAGAGGUGGUGGUAAACAGAGUAGUGAGGUAGGGGUUAAGGGAAGCUAAUGUCAGACAGAACACGUGCCAAUGAAUAUACAUCAAAUGUGUUAACCUUUCUCUUCCCUCUCGCCCUCUCUCUGCUGCUCUCUCCUCUCUCACAGCAGUGUGUGUGGGGAGCAGUGAGGAUGACUGAAUACAAGUUGGUGGUGGUGGGGGCUGGAGGUGUGGGGAAGAGUGCACUCACCAUCCAGCUCAUCCAGAACCACUUUGUGGAUGAAUACGACCCCACCAUAGAGGUAUGUACUGUGUGAGUGUGUGCGUGUGUGCACGCGUGUCCAGAACUUCUGUCCACAUCUGCAGCUGAUCACUGUGGUUGAUGUCAUGUGGAUGUGGCCCCUCCCCUGAUCUGUAGUGAACAGAGUAGAGUAGGCUAGUGUGACUACUGGCUCACUGGAGAGACCACUGUUAACUACCGAAUGUCAUUACCAAACAGGCUACUCACUAUCAGUUCAAUUCUCCAAAAUAAUUUUUUUAAAGUUUCAAUUUCUUACUCCACCGCUACUCCUUUUUUAGUUCCUCUCAGUUCACUAUAAGAGAGAUUUUUAGAGACGGCGAGAGAACAGGAGAGAGCGAGUCUGUCUGUGCUUUCUCUUCUCUCGCUCUCUUUCUCACCACGCCUGCCUCUGGCCAGACAAUGUCCUUUUUGUGUGUGUGCAUUCCUGGCCCCUAUGCACUAGCACACAAAGGCCCUGCACCACAUGUUUGUGUCUGUGUGUUGGGACGCUAAACAUUGGCCCUGCUACUCUGCCCCUUUGAUACCACUAUCUCUUCUCUGGCCAGUCACACAGCAUGGGGAUUUCGCAUAGAUAUCAACCAGCACACUCCACGUGUGUGUGUGUGCUUGCCUGUGUGUGAGAGAGACUAUCAAUCAGGUCCCAGACCCAGACUCAUGCUUUAAGCCUAGUCAAGAGAUGUGUGUAAAUGGUUAGUAUAUUGAACACUCAUCAAUGGAUUUCAGCUUAUACUCCAUUAGAGCAUUCAUUACAGAUUGUAGGGUGUUCACCCAUAAAAUGAUUAAUUCAUUCAAGGUUUAUACAAAUGUGUCCAUUCAAUAGAGCAUUCUGUCAGAAAAGAGAUAGUCCCAACCCCAUGUCUCUACCAUAUAUGGUUCAAUGUUACAGAAGAUUUACUCUGAGAAUUUAGCAUGUUUAGAGUGAAUGGAAUGUCAUCACAGGCGUGAUCAAAAAGUGGUCACUGCGCAAUAAAACUCUUAACGGCGCUAACUUCAAUUGACAAGCUAACUAGUGGCUGCAGGUUUGUGCGUGAAAACAUGGGCUUUUUCUAAAUGAAAUCCGCUGAAUAAAAAACUAAAUAGGGACUAAAUAUAUAUUUAUUUACAAAGCUAAGAGACUGAAUUUCAGUAUCCAACCUUCGCGAAGACAAUCUGUUCCUGUUUUCAUUGUGUAUUUCUGAGUCUUUCCCUUUAAAUCGCCAUAGAAACUGCCCCUCUCAACGUAGUUUGAUUUCUAUUAUAGGCAAUGAAAGCCAAGAAUCUUGAGCUGAAAAUGACGAAGGUAUCAAGUUGAUUUUGAUUGGUCCAACCACAGGAAACGCCUCCAAAUGAUACCACCUCACAACGCCAAAUAUGGAAGAGAUACAACUAAGAGCGGCACAGUCUAAACUAGCAAUGGUCACAGCAAAUUAACGUUAUUAUUUAAUCAACACUGUCAAGUACAAGUAUAUUACGUUUAUAAUAUUGUAGAGAACAAUCUAAUGAUUAAUUCUGUGUAAUUUAUAAUGACAUGGGGCAAAGAAAAAUGCAUUUUUACAUUAAUUUCAUAGCACCCUCUUGAAUUGCCCUGUUUUUCUCUACAUUGUACAGCAGUGAGUGAAUGCCUACAUAUUGUUUGUAUGUUAAUUUAGUGCCCCAGGGGUUGAGUUUGUUAAGGUAACUGUGGCUGUGGGCCAAUUUAACUUACACACAUCCUUACACACCAAACCAAUUCUUGUAAAUCCUUAAGCAGGAGUGGGCAAAUGCACACUUGGGUAGAGAAUCCGUAGGCAGUCUGUCUGUAGCAGUGUAACUGGAGGAUGUCCCCCCCCCCCCCCCCCCCCCCCGCUUCAGGACUCAUACAGGAAGCAGGUGGUGAUUGACGGGGAGACAUGUCUGCUGGACAUCCUGGACACUGCAGGUCAGGAGGAGUACAGCGCCAUGAGGGACCAGUACAUGAGGACAGGGGAGGGCUUCCUCUGUGUCUUCGCAAUCAACAACACCAAGUCCUUCGAGGACAUCCACCAGUACAGGUGUGUGUGUGUCUGUGACUGGCCAGGGGGCUGUAUGUGAUGGUGGGGGGGAUCAUGGCUGUCUUGUGUGCAAGCUCUCUGCAGUAGCUAGCUAGGUGAUGUCAUGUCUUAGCAUUUAACACAGCUAAAGCUUAGCCUUCCGACUGGAGUGAUUACAGCACGUUGCCAAUGAAAUCGAUCCUGACUCAAUUAGACCAGAGGAGAGUAGCGCAGAGGAGGAACACUCCCAAGGACAUGGAGGGAGUGAGGCAAGAAUUCCAGAUGGAGAUGAUGAUAAUCUAUUCUGCCUCCUCUCUUUCCAUCUCCCCACUCCUGGUCUCUCUCAUUCUCUCUACCUUUCGCUCUACCUCUUGUUUGUUUUUAUUGGUAAUGAGGAAAGUUAUGUUAUAUUUGGGGAACAUAUGAUUAGCAUGUUUUAGAUUAGAACCACACGAUAAGCAACACAUUUGUCUACCCCCUGUGUUACACCUGACCACCUGGGGUGCCAGGCUCCAAAGCACUCUGUUAAUGACACCACAUCACUGUCUAAAGAUGGACAGACACUCAACCCUGUAAUAAUACUCAACAUCCCAGAUCCCAGGCCAGAAUAGAGGACUACUGAGUUACCCUGGUCAGAUUUUUUUUAAAGAUGUAUUGUUCAUCUGAUAGACAGAGGGAGGGCAGCUUGUUGUCCCUCUGUGUUAACUCCAGCUCUAAUAUUCGAGGUGUGCCAGGCUGCCAGCAGUGGGAUUGGCAUGGCUUGCCUGUUGCCCUCCAUCUGGCCUGCACUAUACAGGGGACCAACCUGGGCAAAGCGCUAUGCAGAGUCACUAAUCUACAAAUCAAACAGACCAUAGAUCAGUUGCUGGGCUUGCAUUGGCUAUUGUGUGUACUGAUAGGUGAUGAAGGUGAAUUGAGGGGGUGAUGUAUAGAUCUGACCCAGUCCCUUCACGCAGGCAUCUGACUGGAUGCUUGCUUAAGUGAUUAGCUCAUUCUGUUGGCUGCCAUCCAUCUCCUCAGAUGCACAGCCAUAGACAUUGGGCAUGUGCGUGCCAGGCACGACUGCAGAAAAAGACAACCUGGAACGCCACCGCUAGAAAUCAUCCACCCGGUUAGCUGUCCUGAUUGUGACUGUGCUGAGCUCCAGACAGAGAGAGAGUUGAAAGGUGGCACGAGCUGAGGAUAUGUAUUGAGCUGAGCUGAUGGAUAGAUCUGACCCACUCCCCUCACACACUCACACUCCCCUGGCCUGCUGGCUAGAUGGCUGCUGGAGAGAUGAGGUCAUGCUGUUUGCUGCCCUCCUGCCUGCCGUCCACCUCCAUCCCUCCUCCAGCAGUGCAGCACAGCCUGCUCCUCUGGGUCCUACAGCCCGCUCCUCUGGGUCCUACAGCCCGCUCCUCUGGGUCCUACAGCCCGCUCCUCUGGGUCCUACAGCCUGCUCCUCUGGGUCCUACAGCCCGCUCCUCUGGGUCCUACAGCCCGCUCCUCUCGGUCCUACAGCCCCUUGAGUGUCUGACUGUGGUGGUGUUUAUGGAGAAAAGGAGAGGGAGGUAGGAUCCUAAGACAGAAGGGUGAAAUGACCCAUGAACACUCGGCUCCUUCAUUGGGAGUUGAUCGUGCCAACACUUUACAUAAUGCAUUAGUUGUGGAAUUAUGUUGUAACAGGUGGAUAUAUGCAGAGCAAGCUUAUUAUAGUUUGUUUUUAUAUUCGUUUUUAUUUAUAUUCAUUUUCCAAUUUUUAUUUGAAAUUAAUUUGAGUUUCCAUUAGUUUAUAGACCUGAUUUGCUAGUUUUUAUUUAGUUGUAGUUGUAUAGCAAUAUUUCUAUUUCGUUGUUUUGUUUUAGUGUUGGGGACAGAAAGCAUGUGAGGGAGGCUAGGAACCGUUUGUGCUGUAUAGUUUUUUGGGAUGUCCCUUCUUGCAACUGAGGGGCAGUAAUACAGUGCCUUUGGAAAUUAUUCAGACCCUACAGCCUUAUUCUAAAAUUUAUUAAAUUGUUUUUUCCCCCUCAUCAAUCUACACACAAUACCCCAUAAUGACAAAGCGAAAACAGGUUUUUAUAAGUUUUUGCUAAUUUAUUACAAAUAAAAAACGGAAAUAUCACAUUUACAUAAGUAUUCAGACCCUUUACUCAGUAAUUUGUUGAAGCACCUUUGGCAGCGAUUACAGUCUUGAGUAUUCUUGCUACAAGCUUGGCACACCUGUAUUUGGGGAGUUUCUCUCAUUCUUCUCUGCAGAUCCUCUCAAGCUCUGUCAGGUUGGAUGGGGAGCGUCGCUGCACAGCUAUUUUCAGGUCUCUCCAAAGAUGUUGGAUCAGGUUCAAGUCCGGGCUCUGGCUGGGCCACUCAAGGACAUUCAAAGACUUGUCCCGAAGCCACUCCUGCGUUGUCUUGGCUGUGUGCUUAGGGUCGUUGUCCUGUCUGAGAUCCUGAGUGCUCUGGAGCAGGUUUUCAUUAAGGAUCUGUCUGUAUUUUGCUCCGUUCAUCUUUGCCUCGAUCCUGACUAGUCUCCCUGCCACUGAAAAACAUCCCCACAGCAUGAUGCUGCCACCACCACGCUUCACCGUAGGGAUGGUGCCAGGUUUCCUCCAGACGUGAUGCUUGGCAUUCAGGCCAAAGAGUUCAAUCUUGGUUUCACCAGACCAGAGAAUCUUGUUUCUCAUGGCCUGAGAGUCCUUUAGGUGCCUUUUGGCAAACUCCAAGCGGGCUGUCAUGUGCCUUUUACUGAGGAGUGGCUUCCAUCUGGCCACUCUCCCAUAAAGGCCUGAUUGGUGGAGUGCUGCAGAGAUGGUUGUCCUUCUGGAAGGUUCUCCCAUAUCCACAGAAGAAUUCUAGAGCUCUGUCAGUGACCAUUGGGUUCUUGGUCACCUCCCUGACCAAAGCCCUUCUCCCCUGAUUUCUCAGUUUGGCCGGGCGGCCAGCUCUAGGAAGAGUCUUGGUGGUUCCAAACUUCUUCCAUUUAAGAAUGAUGGAGGCAACUUUGUUCUUGGGGACCUUCAAUGCUGCAGAAAUGUUUUGGUACCCUUCCCCAGAUCUGUGCAUCGACACAAUCCUGUCUCGGAGCUCUACGGACAUUUCCUUUGACCUCAUGGCUUGGUUUUUGCUCUGACAUGCACUGUCAACUGUGGGACCUUAUAUAGACAGGUGUGUGCCUUUCCAAAUCAUGUCCAAUCAAUUGAAUUUACCAUAGGUGGACCCCAAUCAAGUUGUAGAAACAUCUCAAGGAUGUUCAAUGGAAACAGAAUGCACCUGAGCUCAAUUUCGAGUCUCAUAGCAAAGAGUCUGAAUACUUAUGUGAAUAAGGUAUUUAUUUUUAUUUAGCAAAAAUUUCUACAAACCUGUUUUCUUUUUGUCAUUAUGGGGUAUUGUGUGUAGAUUGCCUAGGGUAUGUAUUUAUUUAAUCCAUUUUAGAAUAAGGCGGUAAAGUAACAAAAUGUGGAAAAAGUCAAGGGGUCUGAAUACUUUCGGUAAUGGGUCAGGCUAUAGGUUAGGUUUAAUUCAUAAAGUCAAUCUCAAUGUGACUUGGAUUUAAAAGGAAUAGCGCUGAGACUGGUGAAAAAAAACUCUCUCUCAUCCAGGCUUACACCAAUCCAAUGCUUUUUAACUUUAGUAGUACAUGUAAGAAGAAUCGAGCUAGAUACCUAGCCAAUUUUCCCAUUUUAGCUAGGUGAUAGUGAUGCACAAGCUAGGCCUAUUUGAAACAUCACCAUCUCCUGGCUGUAUUAACUUGCCAGAUUCAGUAUCUUGAAAGCCCCCCCAUUAGAUUUUAUUUCAUUUUAAUUCGUUUUGGAGUCAAAGAUAAUAGUUUCAGUACAGUUUUAGUUUUUCAAACGUGUUUUGUUAAUUAUUUUAUUUAAGUUUACUAAAUAGUUUUUUCAUGAUUCGUUUCAGUUUACUAUACUAACCUUGGUGUAGUGGAGGGUAAACAAAGUUUACACACCUUUUUUGUUUUUGCUUGACAGUUUUACCCACCUUUUGUGGAAAAAUGCAUUGAAAGUAUAGGGAGGGUUACUUUUUUCACCGUGAUCAGAGUUUACCCACCUAUUUUCACCACUGUAUCACUGGGUAUGUGUACAGGCAAUUACAUUGUGUUUUCCAUAGCUGCAAGUGCUUACGACUCUACUAAAGUUUUUCUACUGGCAGUUCCUGUGGUUUAAGGCCCAUGUAAUGUCGAGUACGGUCCUCAUUUCAGUAGAAACGGGUUAAACCAGGUAGGGAACUGACCAGUGUUUUUCUGUCUUCCUAUAGGGAACAGAUCAAGCGCGUGAAGGACUCUGACGACGUGCCCAUGGUGCUGGUGGGUAAUAAAUGUGACCUUCCAUCGCGUACUGUGGACACACGGCAAGCACAGGAACUGGCCCGCAGCUACGGAAUUCCCUACAUCGAGACCUCGGCCAAGACACGACAGGUACGCUUACACACACACACACACACACACAGAGCAGUGAGGGUCCCUCAAUGCAAUGUAUAUGUGUGUGUGUGCGGUGCUGGGAACAUUUUCUACAAAUACACAAAGUUAUGUUGUUGAUGGCCAUCAAGUUUACGACCUUGUAAAUAUGUAAUGCCCACCUUUUUGCAGAUUGUUCUGACUGUGUGUGUGUUUUGCAGGGGGUAGAGGACGCUUUCUACACACUAGUGAGAGAGAUCAGGCAGCACAAGCUGAGGAAGCUCAACCCUCCGGACGAGAGUGGACAGGACUGCAUGAGCUGCCGCUGUGUGGUGUCGUGAUGGAGGUCGUUCAGAAACUCUACCAACUUCAUCGCAAGCAUAAUCAACAACAUCGUUCACAGCAAAGAGACACUGAAUCCUUACACAAUAUCUUAAUCAUUUCUCUUUUUCUCCCACAGCUCACCAGUUCGGGGUGAGGAGUGGACCUAUGGCGCGUAGUGGCAGCAUGGACUUAAAGACUGACGGUGGAGGAUGAAACAACAACAAACUUUGAAACUAAAGAGGACAGUCAAAGAAAAGCAGAGCAAGCGGAUGCACCACCAGGCUGACUGUGUACCAUAGAGGAGAGGGGGAUCUUGCCCCUGCCAGGCCGUGCUAGACUAGACUAGGCUGUCUGUCUGUCCCCUCUUUGAGUCCAUGUCUGCCAGAGCAACACCACUAAUAACUGUUUCUCACCAGUGAUCAUGCUCGGCAGCUCCAAUGAGUUCCUGCUAAGUUAUUGUUUUACAGUCUCAACACUGGUCUUAAAGGGGGAUGUCACCAAUCCCUGGUGAGUCCCCCUCACCACCACCUUCUCAUACCUCAAAACCCUGAUUUUACAUUUGACCCCCCGAAAAGACUGGACAGUAGUAGCCUAUAUCCCCAUCCCUAAUUUAACCUCCCCCCAGCCUCCUUGUUCCUCUCUAGAGGGGCUCUGCAGUAACCUCAUUAUUACGGACACAAGUAUGGGGACGGAGCAUGACAAAAGACACGCCACAUAGGAAUGGUCCUUUUUUUAUUUAAUUUUUUUGGUUAGUCUAGCUGUCAAAUCGAACUUUCUUUUCUUCUUAAAACACGUUUUUUUUUUUAUGUGGCUUUUUUGUGAUUUGAAGGUGAUCAUGCUCGGCAUUGUAAGGUAAGCCAGGAUGUUUAUUUUGUGUGAUGGGCUGUAGCCAUUUUAAGACCUGUCACCGUGAGGAAGUCCUUAUUUGGGUCCUUAUGUGGGCAGGGCUGUGGAUCAGACAGAUGGAUGGACUCAUUUUCCCAGAGUGCCAUUGCCUUCCCCCUCACAAACAUGUUCGUGCACAUGUGUGAGUGUGCUAAAGGGUUCUCUUUGUGGAGUAAUAUAGGACUAGAUAUUGUAGGUUCUGGUGCAAUAGGAAUGUUUACUGUCUAGGUUUAAGAAUUGGGAAUAAACCAUCUCUCUCUCAUGCCUAUUUAUUAUUUGCUUGUAUUUUUUGGGUGGAGAAGGG